UAUGCGUUGGGAUAGUACUCCAAAGCAAUAGUAGCUAUACAUUUUCUACCCCGGUAAAGCCAACCAUAUUUUCGGGGGAAAAAGCAAGAGUCUAGCACUUUUUAAUUUUCUAUGGAGUACGUCAUUACCUGCAGCAAGGGAAUACCUUUACAUAAAGUGCAGGUUGAGAAAAAUAGAGCACUCCGAGACAUGGAAAUGGAGCCGAUAAGGAGUACCUACCGCACAAGGAGGAGGAACAAUCCCAGGCUGUCUGAUUCUUCGGACUCGGAAUCGAGGAUCAAUCCCCGCACCAAGUCGCGGAUUCCCCUCAAUCGUGCCCAUUCCAUCCCAAGGAAGUACAUAUCCAAAAAUCAACUGGACCGUCAGAUCCGUGCGGCCGUAGUCGAUGCCUUUAAUGACUGCAUUAAAAACCCCCAUUCAAUGUGUAGAUCCGAUAACGGAUCUGUGGAAAAAGUAUCUGGUCAGCAGAAUCGUCACCGCUCCCAAUCCACUGAUGGUCGAUAUCACACGGAUCACAAUAGGAAAAAGCCAGCCCAGGUUUUGUUCGUUAGAUCACCGAGAAAGUCGCAAAAGCAAGGACCCGUUUUGGAAGUCUUUGAGGAGGCACUUGAAGAUACUAACUUGGCGGCUAUAAAGGAAGGAAUUCGCGAGAUACAAGAUACCAAGAUACCAGCUCAGGAGCAAAUACCCAAGGACCUACCUCUAGAUGUGAUUAUAAGCCAGAUGAGUUCGAAAUUUAUCAGGGCUGCUUUAAGCAUCUGCUCUUUUACUACCAAAGUUUUUAAAAAAUUGAGAAUACUACAAGCCCUAGAUCGGUUUACCACCCGCAUGUCCAAGUCCAGUUGGGUGAGUCUAGGCCUAUUCCUGGUGUUUCUCCUGGCCUGGGCCUAUGAGUUCGGGGAACCAGUAGACCGGAUUAGCGAGGCAGUGGGCGAUCUCUUCAGGGAUCGCUCUCGUUCUUGGUGGAACUUAAUAUAAGUACAGUUAAGAUGUUAAAACAAAAUUCCAAAUUUCAAUAAUAGUUAAUGGAAAAUAAAUAUAUCUUCUUGGUUGUGAAACUUUAA